ACCAAUCAAUGCAGCGGGUGAGGCUGGCUUUUCAAUUGAGGUAAAAGUCACUGAGGCCCGCAACCAAGCAUCCAAUGGCUGUAAUGGGUGUAUGCUACUAUAUGAAGGAUAUCUUCAGUGUCUGGAAUUCACGCCCAAUGCAUUGAAGGACGAAGACCGGAUGUAUAUUAUAGUGAGAUCCGCUCCAGGACAAGCGAUGGAUUGUUCAUUAAGUGCGCCACUCGCACAACCACGUUGUGCUCGAAAUUGGGGGCUUUUCCAGAUACUCGCUGACCACCGAAACCCUUGGAAAACGAUAGCGAAGAUAUCGUCAUCUCCUAGAUAUGUUCUCACGGAUGAACAUCGAGAUUGGUAUCUUUCGUGGGUGCAGGAGUGCCUUGAAAAUCACCCGAAAUGCCAGAGACCGUCUGCCAUGCCUACACGGCUGAUUGACCUCGGGGAAGAUGAUAAAGCAGUCAUGUGCCUCCGGGACAAUAUAAAUCGGAAAGCUCCAUAUAUUGCCCUUAGUCAUAACUGGCAGUUUUCGGAAGCCAGGAAAUCCAUGACACUCAAGGAAAACUAUGAAUCUCGAAAGCGGUUUCUACCGCAGCAAGGGCUUUCUCAAACUUUCCAUGAUACAAUCAAGUUUACCCGAUGGCUCGGGGUGCGAUAUCUAUGGAUCGACACCUUCUGCAUUAUCCAAGAUGACCCUGACGAUUGGGCAAAGCAAGCAUCUCAAAUGGGUGAUAUAUUUGAAGGGGCAUAUAUCACUAUUGCUGCCCAUAGUGGCCUAGAUAGCUCGCCAAGCGAUGGCUGCUUUCUCGAGAGAAAGAGUGUCCGCGAAGUGGGCCUGCCUGAUGGCAAUGGAGACCAGUUUUCCGCGUUUAUUAUAUACAGGGGGUACCGGGGAAGCGAUCUUCAUGAUUUGGAUAACGGCCCAUCCUUGAUGAGAAGGGGGUGGUGUGUGCAAGAGCGUCUUCUUUCGCCCCGCAUCCUCCAUUUUCGGCCAUGGGAGGUUAGCUUUGAAUGCUUUACCCUCAGGCACUGCGAGUGUCAAAAAAUGUCUUUAGGGAUUUAUGAUGGACGGAACAUGCAUGCACCUAAGAGUCUUCUGGGCGAUGCUUUUCAUAUAUCAGUGCGUGGACAGGAGUUGAAUGGGAACGAUUAUCGGUACGCUUGGGAUACUAUUGUCAGUAUUUACUGUACAGCCGAUCUCACAGUCCCGACGGACCGACUAGCAGCGCUGUCCAGUCUGGUUCAACGAAUGCCACGGCAGAUAUUUGGCGAUUACCUGGCUGGCUUAUGGUCGAAAAAUCUGAUUUCGGAGCUGACCUGGUCGACCAUGGAACUCAGUAAGCACUUUCGACAUCAACAAUAUGUUGCUCCGAGCUUUUCGUGGGCAUCUAUUCAUGGUGAUGCCAUCUUCAUAGACCAGGGGAGCUAUUUCAAAGGUGCUGAGCAAAAGGCUUGCGUUCUUGACGCAGGAACUGUCCCUGCAACUCACGACCCCAUGGGGCCAAUCCAAGAAGGCUUCAUUUACCUGCGACUGCGAAUUUGUGAAGCUGAACUCAUAUUGAGUGGGUCUAAUCCGAAAAAGGUAGAGCUCUUAUACCAUUCUGAGCAUGACCAGGCGGGUGAAUGCUGUGCAGUUGUCGAUGUCGAGGAUGACAUGAAAGAACUAGAGGACCAAAAGGUUUGGCUGGGAGAACUGUUCAGGAAAGACUGUAUAGCUGGCUUUUUGGUUAUGAGAAAAGUGGCUGAGAGGGAAGGAGUAUUCCAACGGAUUGGGAUCAAUUGCUAUUCAAAGAUAAGCCGCGGAGAGCAAAAUUACAGUGGCCAUUAUCCUUUCCAUCGAGACCCUGAGCGAAUUAAACUGAUUUAGGAUGGGAUUUUCUAAUGAACGCAUUCAUACAGUCCGAGCUAAAACGGAAAAAGGGGAAGUAUCUCGAGAUCGGGGUUUAUAUAG